AUGCUCAAUCUACUUUGGCCGUCUACCCGGCCGCAGGGGGCCAUUGCGUGGCCUCCGGAGCGAUCGGCGACUCGCCGGAAGCACCGCGGGUACGCGGAAAGUGGAGGAGGUGGAGAGGACGAGGAGCAAAUGCUGGAUCUCAGCUUCUGACGGAGGUUCUUCCGGUGUAAACUGUCUGUCCACCGAGUGAGGAGCCUCUCCCCCGUUGGUUGUCGAGUUUGUUCUGCUGUUCCGGUUUUUUUGUACAUUGAUUAUCGUCGGGAAUUUGUGGCAGAUUUUAUUUUUUUUGGUUUUUAAAUAUCACGAUCUGACUGUAUCCUGACGCUGACUAGAACUUGAUAUCCAUGAAAAAUUCUGUCUGGGGUCCAUGAAUUUUUUUCUGAUUUCCAUAUCAGUACCAUAGUCUUCUGAUCAGAUCCAGGAUUUGGCUUAAACUGAUCGCGGCUAGUUUUGUUACUCUCUAAAUAGUGAAGAAAUGCGCUCGUCUCAAGUUUAUGUGAUCACUGUUGUUUUUGGCAACUGCGUCUGUCGGUUCCAUUGAUAUCAUAAUCUGAUCAUAUCCUUGAUCGGCAUGAUAAUAAUCAUCUCAGUUUUCAAGGAUUGUCACUGUUUUCUAUUGAUUAUUAUAAACUCCCAUUUUUAGUGUUCUCACUAUUAACAUUAUGAUCUACUGACAUCCCGAAUGCACUUUUUAACUUACUAUUAGCACCACCUCGGUUAUAUAUAAAUCAGUGAACUUUCAACGUCAGGCUCAUCUCAAUUCCUACAAUUACUGAUAAUUUAUUUUUAUAUUAUUUUUUUAUUGUCAGAUGCUGUGGCCAUUCUCAUCUUUGAUUUGGUUCUUAAUCAUCUGAUAGGCAUCAGCGUGGGAAUUAUCUGAAUCAGUGGGGAUAUGUCUUAUAAUUCAUAUCAUCUGCUUGUAUUUUGUUUAUUUUUCUGUAGGCAAAUAGUUUGCAUUUGUGUCUGUUGUCGUCACUGACAUCAUCAUCCGAUCAUAUCUUGGCUCUGCUCUGAGUUGAAUGGACAUUAGCGUGAAUAAUGUCCGUCUGAUUUACAUCCCACUUUUCUGCCGUUCACUUUAAUCACAGGCGACUCUCCCGGGGCUGGACGCGCAGAGGGAACGCCAGGGGGCAUCGCAUCAUCUGCUCUGCUACAGUUCUUGACCAUGAAACCCUGCAAUGGGUCUCCUCCAUUUCCUGCUUGUUAGUCUCCUCUCGGAGCCUCCUGCUCCUCGUAUUAAUAUUCUUUUUUUUCUUUUUUCUUCUCAUAAUUAAUUAUUUUCCGGCCUGGGUUAAGUCACAGACACCUCCUUGGUCAGCAAUCCCAGUAGUUUGACAGGCCAAGUUUCUUCUGAAAAAUGAAUGAAAAUGAUUCAAGUUUUUUUUUAAAAAAGGAAAUUACCGUUUAGUAAGCUGCAUUUUCUGUCAUUUAUUUUUUAUAUAUUUUUAAUUGUGAAUGAUAUAUACUCCUAUUUAUUUUGUGCAUGAAAAAAUCCCGGUAUUUUAUUUUCCCCUUUUUUUUGGGGGGGGGGGUUGAAUAAUGGAAUAAUAAUUCUCUUUCUCUGUGAUAAGAUGGAGAUCAUCAUCUAUUUGCUCAGGGUUUGUCUCUCUAUGCGAUGCCUGCAGGGUACUGAUGCUCGCCAAAGGAACCGCCAUCCAGAAAUCCUUCCUUGCUCCCUUAUUUACCCUGCAAGCCCCCGCCAGCAUCCUCUCAUGGAUCAGGUGACCUUCUCCAUCUCCCAUCAAGCCCCCAACAAUAUUAGGGACAUUAUUAUUAUUAUUGAUUAAUAACCUCCCCUCCUGGUAUUUAUGUAUGUAUUAAUUAGUUAAUUAUUCGAGCCCAUUUUGGGAAUUUUAGAGAAAAGGGCCUCCGGCUUUGACUCAUUUGCAAAAGGUUGUGUUCUCAGAGGUGACUAUGGAAUUUCCGCCGCCUUCAUCGCCCUCCUCGUUCGUCUCUUCUACUACAUUCCAGGUGGGUCUACCAGUAAUUUCUUCUUCCUCUUCUUCUUCUUCUUCUUCUUCUUCUUUCUCUCCUGCGUAUUAAAGUCCGCGUCUUCUCUGGACUAACAGCCGAGCUGGAUCUUCCCUUCUUGACGGCGCUGCUCGUUAUCGUCACUCCUUACCAAGCAGCAGGCCUGAGGUAAGAAACCCAUUUAUGGAGAUGAAUGCCACAAUGUGCCCACUUCAUCCCUCUCUCUCUAUCUCUUCAUCCUGAUGAUUUUUUUGAAUAAAACCCAUAUAAAACCCAAAAUAUGCGCAUAUCUCUCUCUCUCUCUCUCUAGAUAGGAUAUAUACCUGUAGGAUGAUGGGCUUGUUCCUCUUCGUCCUGAUGAUUUACUUUUUUUGGAAUAAAACCCAUAAAGAACCCACAACGAGCCCAGCUUCUCUCUCUCUAUCUAUCUCUAUCUCUAGCUAGGAUGGUAUGCUUCAGUUUUCUUAGUCCUGUAGGUUUUUUUUUUGCUUUUGGUGACGAAACCAUGAGCAGGGGGACUCAGAUCGGAGCGGUGAUCUCGCUAGUGAUCGCGGGAUAUCUAGCCUUCCAGCACUUCUCGAGGGCCGGAACCUUCCAGAAGGCCUUCGAUCAAGGGUCCAUCGUCGCCACGCUGGCAAUCGUCUUCAUCACCGCCGUCCCCUUCACGGGCCUCUUCUAA